AUGGCUUCGGGGCUCGCUUCUGUGUCCGCGCUUCUUCUUUUCGCCACGGCGCUGGCGUGCGUCGCGCGCGCCGCGACGGCCGCGAAGAUUUCGCAGAUGUACGUUUUCGGCGACGAGUCGGCGGACGUCGGAAACGCGAAUUACUUCACCCGCGCGACCGUGAAGGCAAACAAGCUGCCGUACGGCGUCAACUUCAAGCCCGCGUCGGGCCGCUUCUCCGACGGAAAGCUCGUCGUUGACUAUCUCGCCGACUUCCUCGUGAUUCCCUCGCCGCGCGCCGAUCUCGCGCCCCGCAAUGCGUCGCUUCCUUUUAGCGGAAUCGACUUCGCCAUUGCUGGAGCCGGCGCUAAAUCCGGCACCAACGCCGGCAAGACGCGCGGGCUGCAGCAGCAAUUCAACGAGUUCAAGAAGUGGUUCAACGAGGCCAAGCGCACCAACAACCCAGACCUCAAGCUAGACGAGGCGCUGUUCGUGAUCAGCAUCGGUGCCAAUGACUACAUUCCAGAGCUGAGCCACGCGCAGCCCAACAUGACGACCCUCGUCGCCAUAGCUUCCUCUGUUUCCAACACCAUUAUCAACAUCACCCAGUCUCUCUACAACCUCACCGGCUCCUCUAACAUUCUCAUUAUCGAUCUGCCGAACCUCGGCUGCACUCCUGUCGUGCGCCAUGCGGCGAAAUCCGGAAUCAACUGCACGGACGCAGGUAACCAGGUUACCAUAAUUCAUAAUUUCGCGCUGCUGACGAAGACGGACAAGCUGAGGAACAACCCGGCCCUGCCCAUGCCAAACCUGGUGCUCUUCAAGCAAUCAUCUGUCUUCAAGACCAUGAUCCAAGUCCCCACCUCUGUGAUGCACUCAACAUCCCUUAAUCCUGCAACAACCCACCCCUCCCUUCCCCCACCAGGGCUGACGAAUCAAACGCACCCGUGCUGCGAGGCCAUGACAAGCACGGGGGUGGUAGUGCCGUGUGCGCAGACCAGCGGAACCGGCAAGGCAGCUGUCACGGCAGGGGCGUGUGCGGCGCCUGGCAAGACCCUGUGGUGGGACGAGCACAACCCCACGCAGGCCGUGAACCAGAAGGUGGCCAACACGCUCUUCUUCUCCACCAACCCCGCCAUGGUCCGCCCCAACGGCCUCCGCAAGUUCUACUCGCUGUAA